AUGAAUUUACACAAUAAUAAAGAACUUAGUGAUCUUCUCGAUCUCAAUGCUGUGAAACAUCGAAGUCAUUUUUCCAAUAACGUUGCCCAUCCUUCAUCAUCUUCUGCAUUAUCCUCAUCGAUGCUACCAUCAACAAUUCAUUUUCCAAAUGGAUCUCAAAUUCCUCCCGCUUCGACCAAUGCCGAAGGUAUUUAUCCAGCUAAUGCUAACAAAGAAUUUUGGACACCAUCAGCAACUUACGACGAGCCGAUCUACGACGGAAAUUACAGCAAUCGUGAUAUUCUCCAUCCAUUUAUUACAUCCGAACCAUUAAAUCGUUCGAGUGACUUUCCAGCAUCGAAUUCGACAACACGAACAUCAACAAAUGAUUUGACAUAUUCCGAUAAACUUAAUGAAAAAGCUCGCCGAUCGACGAAUGUUUAUACAGGAGAGGAUUACAAUCCAGAAAAUUCGGCAAGAUAUCCAACAGGAAAGUCUGUCUAUGGAAAUGAAAGCAAUUAUUUCGUCGAUGGUCAGAAUGCUCAUCCAUGGAUAGGACCACCAGGAACUUAUCUUCCUAAUGAACAUGGUACAUUUACUGAUGCCAAUGGCACAUGUUUACCAUCAAUGGCAAGUUUUCGACCACAAGUACCAACGCCGUACACGAGUAAUGGCAAUGAACAAACAGUACAAACUGGAGAAACACUCGGCAAAGCAUUGCAAUCUAUUUAUCCAAAUGAACAUCCCUAUUCAACAUCAGCAUCAACACCUGUCGCAUCACCACCAGUAAAUGGAUCUAGUCAACCAUGGAUCAAUGCAGCACAGACGUAUCAUCCACUUCCGCCAAGAUUAGAUGUAGAUGAUACAUUUCGAGCAAACGAUUUUCAUCACUAUUAUCCUGGCUAUCACCAUCCACAUUCCACUGGACCAUAUUCAAAUUUCCUCAGUCAUCCACCAACGACAACAACGACGACGUCGGAUAUCUCUGCCCGAAGUCGACAUCAUGAUCCAUACUUAAAUUAUGGCAAUCCAGCAUCUUCAUCUUCAUCGACAUCAUCGAAUGAUGCCAACCAUACAUCGAUGAACCCAGAUUUAAAGCUCGAAUGUCUUGACAAAGUUAAAGUUAACGUUGAGAAUAAACCGCCAGCCACCAAUGGUGCGACCCAAUUAACCACAGGUAAACUAAACGACUUCAACCUUCGACAUGAUAUAUCAGAAGAGAAUGCGGCACCGUUGACAAUUGCUGUUGGUGGUGCGAGUGGAACACAUGCAGGACCAAUAUCGUCUUCGUCAACAAAAUUACGAAAUUCAUUGACAUUAAGUCCAAAUAGUCAUUUAAAUUUAUCGUAUAUGCGUGGCGGGCCACCGUCGGAAGAGAGUAUCGAUCCAAAUGAAACACCUGAAGAACGCGAACGUCGAGAGAAAGAUCGGCGCGCAGCGAACAAUGCUCGAGAACGAUUACGUGUCCGAGACAUCAAUGAUGCAUUUAAAGAACUUGGCCGUAUGUGUGCCAUUCAUAUGCGAAACGAUAAACCAGUUACUAAGCUGGGUGUGCUUCAACAAGCAGUUAAUUUGAUCACAACACUUGAACAACAAGUUCGAGAACGAAACCUGAAUCCAAAAGCUGCAUGUUUACGCCGUCGAGAAGAAGAAAAAUCUGAAGAUCAUAAUGGAAAUAUGAACCUAAUGACUUCUCAAGCUCAAAUCCUAAUGCCAACAGAAUCAUCAUCGAUUGAUGGAGCAAAUUUCAUGGAACAAAUGCAUCCAUCGAUCCCACCAUCAUAUUGGCAGCAAUAA